AUGUACAUCCUUUCCUCACCGCUUGUAGCCAGCCCCCCCAAGUUGAAGAAACGCCUACCCAUUGCAUUCCGGUGCAAGGAUGACAAACGCAUUCUGGUUACCAUGGCCGUCAUCGGGUAUGUCCAAUUUAGCAUGAAGAAAAAGAAGCCACUCAACGUCGCCAAUGAAGUCAGGAAACUCUGUCAGUUCAAAGAGUUCUGCUAUUUGAUUCUGAAGCCGCAAUUCAGAGACGCAUUAUCCGAUGUAGAGGACAACAUGAUUUUCCGAUUUUCGUGUAUAUCAGUUACCGACAAGUGCUACGGAAUGGACUGUGGCAAAAAUGCACAUUGCAUUCACAAACGUAGCGAGGUAGAAUGCGUAUGUGACCAAGGAUCCGUUAUGGAAAAUGGUAUUUGCGUUGACAAAUUCUUUGAGUCAGCUGUCGUUGAACGUGAUCUUGUGCUACAAGAGUUUGAGUCGGGUCCUUUUGACAUAGCUUAUGAUUCUACCGCUUCAUUCGAAGCAGAUUACCAAUACCAUGAAUCCAAUUCAGCACCUGUAUCUAACCCUUACGCAAAAAAAUAUGCGGAUGGCAAAUCUGCUGCCAUCAAAUCGGAGGACGAUGACGAAUCUGGUGUGGUCAAACCGGAUGAAGAUACCACAGUCGGCGUAGCUGAUGAUGACACCACAGUCGUUAAACUGGAUGAAGAUACCACUGCGGGGCAAGCUGCCGAUGACGAAUCUGGUGUGGUCAAACCGGAUGAAGAUACCACAGUCGGCGUAGCUGAUGAUGACACCACAGUCGUUAAACUGGAUGAAGAUACCACUGCAGGCCAAGGUGCCGAUGACGAAUCUGGUGUGGUCAAACCGAAUGAAGAUACCACAGUCGGCGUAGCUGAUGAUGACACCACAGUCGUUAAACCGGAUGAAGAUACCACUGCAGGCGUAGCUGAUGAUGACACCACAGUCGUUAAACCGGAUGAUGAUACUACUGCGGGCCAAGGUGCCGAUGACGAAUCUGGUGUGGUCAAACCGGACGAAGAUACCACCGUAGGCCAAGGUGCCGAUGACGAAUCUGGUGUGGUCAAACCGGAUGAAGAUACCACUGCAGGCGUAGCUGAUGAUGACACCACAGUCGUUAAACCGGAUGAAGAUACCACCGUAGGCCAAGGUGCCGAUGACGAAUCUGGUGUGGUCAAACCGGAUGAAGAUACCACUGCGGGGCAAGCUGCCGAUGACGAAUCUGGUGGUGAAUCAGCAGGCCUAUUCGGUCAACCCUCUUCUGCUGGAGACAUUGAUGCCGAGGGUUCUCCUGCAGGUAGUAGUGAAGUAGAUCCGAACUUGCCAAACCCUCAAGACGCGUCGGAAGGUAGGUCUGAAAAUAAUCCUUUGCCGAAUCCACGUAAAUCUGGGUCAAACGCACCAGUUGAUGGAUCCGCUGGGAGUCGGUCAGCGUGCAAUGCAGAUGCAGGUACUUCGGACAGCACCACUGAUAACACUGAUCAAGCCCCAGGGGCACCGCAUGGGAGACCCGUUAAUGGUGAUGAACAUACAGCUGCAGAUGAUACGAGCGGUUCAUCUGGAUCACUCUCCUCACCCUGGUCACGCCACGUAACACCCAGACCUCGGGAACGGCGGCAUGUAGGGAUGACCCCUGAUGGCACAGGCUUGCCAUUUCCGUGGCCUCCUUUUGACUCUGCGUCCUCGGACCCUAGCUCAUCGAGUCGUACAAAUCAACCUCCGCCACCAACAGCAGGUUCUAACCAUGAUGCACAUCGUACAGACGAGAGAUCAAUGCGGACUUAUCCCUCGCAUCCAUCAAGUGAGCCUGAUGAGGCGCUCCACGCCGAUGGAGUAACCGAUGGCUCGGGUGCAUCGUCCGGCGCCUCCAAGUGGGCCAAAAUAAUUAGAUCCAACCAUCUAUUAUCGGCCAUAGUAAGGCUGAGAACCGGCGUUAAACCUAAAGUUGAUGGGGGAGCACAGGGGGAUGCCUCACCUGAUGAGGAAUCGAUUCAUGUCUCUCCACAACCUCUGAUUGGUCAGGGUGGCCAAUCAUCCAAUGUACCUACAAGUCCAGGUAUUUCGGAUCCAGGCGCCUUGCCGUUUAUUUCCUCGACGGCUAUCCCUUCACCCAUCACGCACUUCGAUGACUCCACGGAAGCCGGCUUACACCCCAGAGGCCAUCCAUCACUUGGCCCCUGGGAUUUUCCGCAUGUUGUAAAGGACGCAGUGACGACGCGAUCCUUCAAGUGCGAAAUUCCGGGAUCAAGCAGGUACGCGGUCCUUGUAUUUGAUGCCCAAUCGCCGCAGAAACGGUCACUUGUCCAGCCCGCCGAGCUACAGAGGCUACAUUGA